AGUGAAUCGGAAAAAACAAAGAACAAGGGGAAAGAAAGAUUUUGACCUUUAGCCGAGACUGAGAAGAUAGUCUCCGCGAGAACUACUGCCCCAAUGCACGCAGCAAAGCGAAGUCCACGAGGAGACACAGAAGCAGAAAUGGAAUGGUGGAUAUCCAUGCCUAAGAUUGAGCUACAUGCCCACCUCAAUGGCUCUGUCAGAGACUCUACACUUCUGGAACUUGCUAGAGUUCUGGGUGAAAAGGGUGAAAUCGUUUUCUCAGAUGUGGAACAUGUAAUCAUGAAAAAUGACCGCUCGCUGCGUGAAGUCUUCAAGUUGUUUGACCUGAUUCACAUUCUUACCACUGAUCACAAAACGGUUGCAAGAAUCACAAAAGAAUUUAUACCGGUGGAGAAAUUUGUGGGUUUCAUUUAUGUAAUCCAGAAAAACGAGUCUAAAGAAAUGAGCAAACGCUCAUACAUGGAAGCAGUGAUGGAAGGUUUAAGGGCUGUUACUUCAGUCGAGGUGGAUUUGGCUCCUCAUAAUUUGGAAGUUAGAACUUCCAUAAAUUCAAUUCCUAAUAAUGAUGUAUGUUCUGGAGCUACAAGGAGAAACAUAUAUGUUAGACUUCUUCUCAGCAUUGACCGACGUGAGACCACUGAAGCUGCAAUGGAAACUGUUAAGCUUGCUCUAGAAAUGAGAGAUUUAGGAGUAACUGGCAUUGAUCUUUCUGGAAAUCCUGUUGUGGGUGAAUGGGUUACAUUCUUGCCAGCAUUGAAAUUUGCCCAGGAACAAGGUCUCUAUAUAACACUUCACUGUGGAGAGGUGCCUAAUCGUCAUGAGGAGAUCCAGAUGAUGCUUGACUUUCUCCCCCAGAGAAUUGGCCAUGCUAUCUUCUUUGGCGAGGAUGAUUGGAGAAAGUUAAAAUCAUCCAGAAUUCCGGUUGAAAUUUGUUUGACAUCCAACAUUAUGACCGAGUCAAUUUCAUCGAUAGAUAUUCAUCAUUUUGUUGAUUUGUAUAAUGCAAAACAUCCUAUAGUACUGUGCACAGAUGAUUCUGGAGUUUUCUCGACUAGUCUUUCUCAGGAAUAUAGUCUUGCUUCAUCUGCAUUUGGUCUCAAAAAGAGGGAAAUGUUUGAGCUAGCGAGAAAUGUGAUCGAGUACAUAUUCGCUGAUGCUGAAGUGAAGCGCGACUUGUAUACGAUUUUUAAUUCUGCUGCUAAGGAGCUAGGCCUAUGAUUUACUCAUUAGGAUUGUUAUAGCCAGUUAAUAAAAUUGUUAGACUGAAACCAAUUUGAAUCUGUAGAUUGCUAUACAAUCAUGUGUUCAAUAAAUUUAAUUUAUCAUUUCUGGGAUUGA